AUGAGAGACUCUCAGGCGGCAGCAGACCCGACUCUCCCGGCGACCAUGCUGCUGAGCGAAGGAGAACUCCAGAGCUUGGUGUCUGAGGGAACGCUCCUCGGCAUGGGCUCUGCCGGUAAGGCCUUCAGGACGCGCUAUAAGGGCGCAGACGCCGUAGUCAAGGUGGCCCAUUCGAGGAAGCGCGCCCGCCUGUUUGAGGGGGAAGUGAGGACCUUGUUGGCCCUUAAAGGCCUCGGAGGAGCGCCCCGAGUCCUGGCAGUGUGUGAGAACUAUCUAGGGUUCCUCAUGGAAUUCUGUCCGGGAAGAACUCUCAAGGACAUGCUCGAGGAAAAGGCCUCCGUGAGCACCAUUCUCCGAGGAAUCUACAACCUGGCGCUGAGGCUGCAGGACAUCCACCUGGCAGGGUUCGCCCACAACGACAUCAAGCCGGACAACGUGAUCCUGCAGACGAGCGGCCUCGAGGUCACGGCGCGGAUAAUCGACCUCGGCCUGUCCACGCGCCUCGGCCUGCGCCCUGGCUUCCAGGGGGACCCGGAGUUCUUCCGCCACAUGGCCCCCGAGCUCCUCCAGAGGGGCAUGACCAGCGUGGAGUCGGACUUGUACUCCAUCGGGAAUAUCCUGAGAUCCGUCAUGGAGCGCUAUCCGGAGUCCUUUUCCGAGGGAUGCCAAUUGAGUUUCUUGGUCUGGAACAUGACCUCCUCUAUACCGGGAUCGCGCCCGCCUUUCGAGAUGUUCCUGGACGUUCUGGCGAACAAUCUCGACGUCUGCGGUUGA